AUGCAGUCUUCAGGUUCUAGUGCUUCUAGCAGCAGACAUGUUUCUAUCGUGGAACUUUUGUCCACUCCGCCUAAUGCAGGUGUUCCUUCUAAUUCGGCAGCACCAUCUUCUUCUUCAAGGGUAGCAGCACAAGCGCAGGUACAAUCGCAAUCACAAUCACCAAAGUUAUCAGCAACAGCAGCAGCUGCCGCUGCAGCCACUGCUGAUAACUUUGGCAAUGGUAACAGCAAUUUCGGUCAAGCAGGGGCCGGGACCCCUGCUGGUUCGCAUAUACACCAUGGGUCGGAUGCAGAAAGUAUUAGCAGUAUUAGCAGUGCUAGCACGACCAGCAUGCAUUGUCCGCUCGAACGUACUGGCAGUGGUACCGGUUCUGGUUACGUUCCUGGUCCCAAUUCAGAUGUUCCAAUAUCUCCAUCUCUAUCAGCAGUAGAUACGCUACAUUCGCAUUCAGUGUCAAGAACAAACUCUGAAUCGUCGUUCGACACUCAAUUGUCCAGAAUCCACACUACGAAGUGGCAACUGAUCCCAUUGUCGCAGUUGGUCGAACAGAACAAAUUGAUUUUUAUUGAUGGUUCUAUUUCCGUGGAGGAAGCCUUUAACACGUUGGUGAAAUACAAUUUGACGUCUUUACCUGUGGAAAACUCUCCUGAUGAUAUCGACUGUUUAACUUUUGAUUAUAACGAUUUGAACUCGUAUUUGUUGUUAGUGCUCAAUAAGAUUACCGUUAAUAACCCGGAAGUAACAAGACAGUGCCAAUUGGGACAUCCGGUACCCGUAGGGGAAAUCAUUAAAUUGACUCCGAAAAAUCCAUUUUAUAAAUUGCCGGAACAAGAGAACUUAUCCACUGCAAUGAUGAUCCUUGGUUCAGGUGUCCAUAGAGUCGCCAUCACAAACCAGGAAAAUACUAAGAUUACAGGUAUCCUUUCACAAAGAAGAUUGAUCAAAUAUUUGUGGGAUAACGCUAGAUCAUUCCAAAACUUUGAACACCUGUUCCAAAAAUCUUUGAAAGAUUUGAAAAUCGGUGUUCUAGAUACUCAUACUAAACCUACCUCGAGACAAUCAAGAGUGAUCUCCAUUCAAGGCGAUGAAUUGUUGAUAAUGGCCCUUUUCAAAAUGCAUACGGAAAGAAUCUCGUCCAUCGCGGUAAUAGACCCGCAAGGUAACCUUUUGGGAAAUAUUUCGGUCACAGACGUCAAGCACAUCACAAGAACUUCCCAAUAUCCGUUGUUACAGAAUACCUGUUUACAUUUCAUAAGUGUUAUCCUAGAUAAGAGAGGUAUUGAAAUGGGUAAAGAUUCAUUCCCUAUCUUCCAUGUUUACCCUACAUCUUCUCUUGCAAGAACAAUUGCCAAGUUGGUCGCAACAAAGGCUCACAGAUUGUGGAUCGUACAACCUUCCGGAGAUACUCCAGUAGAUAGCGAAAAGGAUAAACGUUCCGGGAAACUCAUCGGAGUGGUCUCAUUGACGGAUAUCUUAGGGUUAUUGGCAAGACAUCAAACUGAAUUCAAAAGAGUCGAUCCACUUGCUGCUAGAAGACAAAGAGGAAGCAUCGUAUGA